UCCUUUUUGCGCAUGGCUAGGAAAAGUGAUGUGUGAAGAUACUCCGUUUAUUGAUUCGUGAAAUCGAUUUAUUUUUCCUGCGUUGAAAAAUCUUCCGAUGAUUGCAGAUAUUCGAACAUUUUUUUUUACUUCUGGUUGCCCAGGGAUCAGUGAAUUUCGACAAUGGAGUGCUUUGGCUUGGAAGCCGGUUUGAAAGUUGCGUUCCUCAGACCCGACAAACGUGAUGCUUUCGUGUUUGGCGGAGAUGACAACAUUUUUGUCGGAUCUACAGCGUAUAACUUGGGUUCCAAACUGAUGCGAGCUCUUGCGAGGGACUCGGCCAGUGUUUUCAAUGAUGUUCAGAAAAUGCUCAAGUCUGAGAAAUCUGGAAGGAAUACGAGUCUAUCGAAUUUCUUGAACGCAUCUAGGAAGUAUAGAUCAUUAAUCAAUGCAUGCGUGCGGAAUUUUUGCGAGGAAGAAACGCCAGACGAAGACACAGCUGCAAUGGGUGCAGUGAUGCUGAAAAUUGAUUUCGUAUGGCAUUUGACGGAGAUUUUGUAUCUGGAAACCGGCAGUGGUCAACUGUCUCUGUUGCGAGACCUCCGGGAUUGGGUGCAGUUGCACAUGAGUGAGAAGAGAGUGGACCUGGUGUCGGACGUGAUGGAGUUUGAGACCAACGACGACGAUUCGUUGGCGGAGGACCAUCCCAAGUACUGGGAUGCAGUUCACUACGCCUUGUUGCACCUGGACUUCCCGACUGUUCAGGAUUUGCUGGGCCAGCAUUCCCUGCGAUCCGAACCUGCUUUCACGGAAGCCGUCGAGCUCCUGACGGAAGCCCAUAAACUAGUGACGGAUCGUAUUGAUCGUGCUACAGCGGAGCAGUUUAUAGUGGAACGAGCAGCGCUGAAAGCCAACUGUCAAACACUGCUGAAAUCCGGGCACUUUCUUUCGUAUCCCCAGCUGGCUUUCAUUCCAAAGUUGCAUUCAAAAAUGGCGGGUUUCGCGGUCACGGUCUUGUUGCUUGUGUUGGUGGUGCAUCCCGAUGCGUCAUCGGGGCGGUGUCAUGUCCAAGAUGGCCGCCUGCAUUGUACGGAAGCGUGCGAUGCGGAUGCGGUUCGUGCGGCGGAUUUCGACGGCAGGAUCGUCUUGACGGGCCGAGUUCUUGACUUCGGUUGUCUGGACUUCUUCGGCAUAACGCAACCAGCUAGGCCACCUGAAGACGUACUGACGGCAGACUACGACGAAGUUACCAUCUUCUACACCACUUCCCACGCAUGCUCCGAGUUCGUCAACGAGGAUUCCUGUUGCAUCGACGGAGCCGGUGACGUCAACGACGGCGGCCUCUUUCACUUCUUUUUCGACGGGGGCGCCAUCUGUCGUCACUUCCGGGGACACCGUGGUCACACAGGGUUCCAGCACGGAUUCAUCCCGACAAGCAAACCUUCUAUCAUUGUUUCGGUACUGAAAAACCUUCCGGAAACCCAAAUUCACUCUGGGGAUCAUGCGAACGUCACGCUAACGGUAGUGGAAGGGAGAGCGGUCUUGGGCGCGGAGUUUGCUACCGAGCUAUUUUCUAAUUGGGCCAUAGGGCUAAUUAGCGGCCUCGGCGUAACGGUCUUUGGGUUGGCGGCUGGAUGGAUUACCUGGUGUUUGAGGAAGAAGGUACCUUCCGUUUUUUGCACUGUUGUUAUUCACAAGUACAUUCUUCGCAUGUCACCUUGUCUUUUAACCAACUCUCAAUAA